GAGGAGGCUUUCCGCAAGCUGAGGUUGAAGCCAGGGUCCCAACCUGGGCUUUGGAAAUGCCUGUCAUGGUGGAUUUGCUAUCGUCUUUCUGGUGAGGACGAGCAAUGGAAUGAAAUGUGCCUUGAAACGCAUGUUUGUCAACAAUGAGCAUGAUCUCCAGGUGUGCAAGAGAGAAAUCCAGAUAAUGAGAGACUUGUCGGGGCACAAGAACAUUGUGGGUUACAUUGACUCCAGUAUCAACAAUGUGAGUAGCGGUGAUGUAUGGGAAGUACUCAUUUUGAUGGACUUCUGUAGGGGAGGCCAGGUGGUCAACCUGAUGAACCAGCGCCUGCAGACAGGUUUUACCGAAAAUGAAGUACUCCAGAUAUUUUGUGACACAUGUGAAGCUGUUGCCCGUCUGCAUCAGUGCAAAACGCCCAUCAUCCACCGUGACUUGAAGGUUGAAAAUAUCCUCUUGCAUGACCGAGGCCAUUAUGUCCUGUGUGACUUUGGAAGUGCCACCAACAAAUUCCAGAAUCCACAAACUGAGGGAGUCAAUGCAGUAGAAGAUGAGAUUAAGAAAUACACAACGCUGUCCUAUCGAGCACCAGAAAUGGUCAACCUGUACAGUGGCAAAAUCAUCACUACGAAGGCAGACAUUUGGGCUCUUGGAUGUUUGUUGUAUAAAUUAUGUUACUUCACUUUGCCAUUUGGAGAGAGUCAGGUGGCAAUUUGUGAUGGAAACUUCACAAUUCCUGAUAACUCUCGAUAUUCCCAAGAUAUGCACUGCCUAAUUAGGUAUAUGUUGGAACCAGACCCUGACAAAAGGCCGGAUAUUUACCAGGUCUCCUACUUCUCCUUUAAACUCCUCAAGAAGGAAUGCCCGAUUCCGAACGCACAGAGCUCUCCCAUCCCUGCAAAACUUCCAGAACCAGUGAAAGCCAGUGAGGCAGCUGCAAAAAAGACCCAGCCAAAGGCCAGACUGACAGAUCCCAUUCCUACCACGGAGACUUCAAUUGCACCCCGCCAGCGGCCUAAGGCUGGGCAGACUCAGCCAAACCCAGGAAUUCUUCCCAUCCAACCAGCCCUGACACCUCGAAAGAGGGCCACCGUUCAGCCCCCACCUCAGGCUGUAGGAUCCAGCAAUCAGCCUGGCCUGUUAGCCAGUGUUCCCCAACCAAAAACACAGCCUCCACCCAGCCAACCUCUACCACAAGCCCAGCUGAAGCAGCCACAGGCUCCAGCCACCGCACAGCAGCCACCUUCCGCUCCAGCUCAGGGGCUGCCCACCCAGGCCCAGGCCACCCCCCAGCACCAGCAGCAGCUCUUCCUCAAGCAGCAGCCGCAGCCACAGCCGCAGCCCCCACCCCCGGCGCAGCAGCCCGCGGGCACGUUUUACCAGCAGCAGCCACAGCAGCAGGCCCAGGCUCAGCAGUUUCAGGCAGUACACCCAGCAGCCCAGCAGCCAGCGACUUCCCAGUUCCCUGUGGUGUCCCAGGGGAGCUCUCAGCAGCCACUGAUGCAGAGCCUGUACCAGCAGCACCAGCAGCAGCUGCUCCCGCAGCAGAAGCCCACCGUGCCGGCCGUGCAGCAGCCUCAGGUGCAGCCGGCCCCUGCCCAGGAGCCAGCGCAGAUUCAGGCCCCAGUAAGACAACAGCCAAAGGUUCAGACAACCCCACCUCCUGCCAUCCAGGGACAGAAACUUGGAUCUCUCACUCCUCCAUCAUCCCCCAAGACCCAACGUGCAGGGCACAGGCGGAUUCUCAGUGACGUGACCCACAGUGCAGUCUUUGGGGUUCCUGCCAGCAAAUCAACCCAGCUGCUCCAGGCAGCUGCAGCUGAGGCCAGCCUCAAUAAGUCCAAGGGUGGGAACCUACCUAGGUCUGCAACCACCACUCCAUCAGGCUCUCCUCGGACCUCACAGCAAAACGUUUAUAAUCCUUCAGAAGGUUCUACAUGGAAUCCCUUCGAUGAUGACAAUUUCUCCAAACUCACAGCUGAAGAACUGCUAAACAAGGACUUUGCCAAGCUGGGGGAAGGCAAACAUCCUGAGAAGCUGGGAGGCUCAGCAGAGAGUUUGAUCCCAGGUUUUCAACCGCCCCCAAGCGACGCCUUUGCUGCUGCCUCGUCUGUUGCCGGAACCGCUGAAACAAGGAAGGGCGGGCAGGCUGUGGGUCCGAGCCCCCCACUUCUCAGUGUAUCUGACCCUUUCAUUCCUCUUCAAGUACCUGAUGCACCAGAAAAACUAAUUGAGGGCCUCAAGUCUCCUGAUACUUCUCUUCUGCUCCCUGACCUCUUGCCUAUGACAGAUCCUUUUGGUAGCACUUCCGAUGCUGUAAUUGAAAAAGCUGAUGUUGCUGUUGAGAGUCUCAUACCAGGACUGGAGCCUCCGGUGCCCCAGCGCCUCCCAUCUCAGACGGAAUCUGUGACCUCGAACCGCACAGAUUCUCUCACCGGGGAAGAUUCCCUGAUUGAUUGCUCUCUGCUUUCUAACCCCACUACUGACCUCCUGGAAGAGUUUGCCCCCAUAGCCAUCUCUGCUCCAGCCCAUAAAGCUGCAGAAGAUAGUAAUCUCAUCUCAGGUUUUGAUGUCCCUGAGGGUUCGGACAAGGUGGCAGAAGAUGAGUUUGACCCUAUUCCUGUAUUGAUAACCAAAAACCCGCAAGGUGGGCACUCUAGAAACAGCAGUGGGAGCUCUGAGUCCAGUCUUCCCAACCUAGCCAGGUCUUUACUGCUGGUGGAUCAGCUCAUAGACCUGUAGCCGUGACCCAGUAGCAGAUGCAGUUCUGUAACCUUCAUACCGUAAUGUACAUUUUCAUUACGGAGUUCUAAGAAAAAUGAUUUUUUUUUAAAUCUGCAAAUAAGGGGCCCUCUAGCCCUUGUCUCUCCUACCCCUUGCCUUCUGUAGAAAUGAUAAGGAAAGAAAAUCACUUUGGCCCUCCAGAUAUUCCUUGGCCAGCACCGCCCUGUUAGUUUGCUGUGUUUUCUCAUUACCCUUCUUCAAUGGCAUUCUCUUAAGUCAGUUGCUAGAUGCCAUGAGCUUCAUCUCUGCUGGAAUUGACUCCACCAAAAGCUUAACUGUAACUGAAGCUAGUGAAUUGACACCUUUGUCUUAUUCUUGCUAGGAAUGGCCUCCCAGAUCAAUCCUCCCAACCCCUGUCUCCUUUGGCCAGAUGCCAUGAAUGUGUUUCUCUGCUUUUGCUUUUUAUCCUGCUGCAUUAUCAUGAGGACGUGGCUUCUUCAGUUGGUCUUAACUCUAGGCAGUAGCCUGGAGGUGGGUUUGUGGUUUAAGAAAGGGUAAAACUGAUUGACUGAUGGUAUAUGUUUGAAGAGAGAAAAUGAACCCAGCUCUAGCCAACCAACUUUGACCUUGUUUGAUCAUAGACUUAGCCAAGGGAUUUUACACCCCAUGCAAUCUGCCCGACAUUUAUCCAGCGUUCUGGCUUCCACUGAACCAUGAUUUCUCAGAUCUGGAGACAUGACAGCAAGUACUUAAGAUCCUUGGAUAAAAAUGUGUACAUUAUAUAAAUCCCAAGUAUUGCCAUUCCUUUUCAUGUUAACUGUCCCAAGCCGGGAUCUCAGAAUUAGACCAAAACAAGACAAUGGUGGUAAUAUGAUACCUUUUAUUAGAAGACUUUUCACUGGGGGGUGGAUGGGGGAGGGGAAGGAAUUGUAGCAGAAACAGAUGUAUUUUUCUUGUGAUUUUUAUUUUGAAUCAAAUAUUGUAAAUUGUGUAUAAAUGAAGACACUGAAUAGUUCUGUUUCCACUUGGCAUUUCGAGUCUGAUAUCAGGUGUCUGUACAGGGUUUUGAUCUCUUUCCCUUAUAUAAUUAAACAGCAAUCACACAGUGUAACAUAUGGAAUCAUUCUGAGUAGACUUGUGUGUUGCUAUAAGCUUUCAGCAGGUCCUCUGUCUUUGUAGAAUAAGCAUGAUGUUUUAUUUUCAGAUUAUCAGAAGUAAGUGUGCUGACAAGCUGGGCACAAUCUGACUCUGGCUACUUACCUUUCUUUCUCUCUGAUGUUUGAAUUGAAGGAUUCAGCCAAUGAAAUAACGUUCAGUUGGUUUUCCUUGUCUUCUAGAUUAAAAAACAAAGCAAGCAUAGUUCCUCACUAACCUUAGGAUACUGUUUAUAAAAUAAAUAAAGGACCCUGCACUGACAUGACAACAUGCCUCAUGGUCACCCUCUGUGUAUGUCCUUAAUUGUAGUGUAUUUUUUUUCCCUACGUGGAAAGCAAUUUUAUAAAAUCACCCCUUUGAAAAGAGGUGGGCAGAGAACCCCAUUGUGGUUCUCUUCCUUGAGUGCUAUUUUCCAUGAUCAAAAGGGAAACUUAGUUGAUCAGAUUUGUACAAAUAAAAUUCCAAGUCCGUUUGCUUGUUUCUCUAUGUAGUACUUUUGUUUCUUCCUCCUCACGUUUGCACUUUAAGGGGGAAAAAAGCAAGUUGAUCAGCAACAACAGCCUGCAAAACAUUGCACUUUGGAGGUCAAACUCUGACCCCAGCAAUGUGAGAGCAGCCUUUGAAAGGCAUAAGAGGAAAAGUCUAAAUCUUUCCAUCUUCCUUCUGACUUUAAAUACUUCCCGUGCCAGCUGAACCUAAAUGAGCUAAGUAAGGGCCUCUAUUAGGAUAAUGGAUCAUUUCCAAAAUUGAAGGAGGCACAACCUUCCGGCUGAGGAUUGAAAAAGAUACCCUUGAAGAACUCUCUGUGAUUGAAAGCAGUGAAAAUGAGACUUGGUUUGCCCCUUUACGGACAGGAAUAUUACUGAAGAUCAAAAAUGUAUUCUUUUCCCUGGAAUAGAAAGUAUGUAUAAACUAAUGAAGAAAAUGCUUAUUUUUAAAUAAGAAUAAUGUUUUAUGCUUAUGUUUUCCAAUUUUAUUUUUUUUCAUACAUACAUGUUAGAAAUAUAAUGAAAUACCUACUUUCUCAAUUUAAUUGAAACCAUGAUGACUACAGUUGAGAAAUAGGUGUCUUUAAAUUGUUCCUUUCAUGUAUUUCCCAUAAUCUCAUUGAGAUAAUUACCUCGUUAUCUGGUUCAGUAAAGCGUAAUCAAACCUGUUAAUGAAAAUGAACAGAUCAGAAGUCAGAAGCCAGGGACUGCAAGCCGAGGGAGAUAAUGACAUGAAAUUCCCUUGGGCUUAUUGUUUAGGAGUAGGGCUUCAAAGGGGAGUACGUUUUUUUCUGUUAAGGAGUAUGUGUGAGGUUCUCGGUAAAUGGGACCUCCCUUAAUUUAUAGCAUCACCCCUGAGCUGAAAAUUGAUUUGAUAUGAGUGUAGUAUACUGAUAACUGAUAGACCUGUGAAACUCUAGACUGAGCUACAAGAGGGACCUCAGAAAGCACCCUCUAGUCCAGACACCUCAUUUCACAGGUGUGGGGCCUGAGGCAGGCUGGUGGGAAAAGAGGCCCGGACAGGACUGGCCACCUGAGAUCUCAUCCCAGCCUUUGCCAGUCACUGGUCACGUGGUCCUCACAGGUGCUUCGCUGUCAGAGUUGCUGUUUCCUAUUUAUACAAUGAUGAAUUUGGACUAGAUGGUCUUUAAGAUUAUAGAAUUCUAGGGUUCUGAGCAUAUAUUAUGUUUUCGAAGGACAAUGAAGGAUUUACAUAAUCCCAAUGUUCUUCAGUUAUCUUCUGUAGCUCUUACUAUUACCGUAGCAGUAUUUAUCUUUUAGAGAAUUAGGAUGGGCUUUUACUAAUCUGGGUUGCUCGCUCUUGGCCAUCUGAAUAGAAGCCUGAAUUACCAUAGAGCUUUGGACCUAGAUUUCCCUUUUUAAUCAUAUACAUGCAUGUCCUUAUGUUUCAACAAAACAGCACCAAGAGGUUUCAGCUCAAUGAUUUGCCACUCAAAAAUGGGCAGGUACUCUAAGCAUAUGUUUCUGGUUUGCUUUUAUUCCAGCUGUGCAAGAGUAAUGACUAUAUCAGAAAACAUCACAAGUUUUCUUUUUUUCCUUCACAACAUUCAGAUAAACUAGAUCACCAAAUUUAAGUCCCUGUGUUUUAAAAAACACAGGCCUCAAAGGAGAUAAGGUUUAAAUGGACACUUCUAAGUAUUAAUUAUAAUCAAUGAUUUCUUCAGCAGACAUGUCAGAAUUUUAACACUUAAGUGAGUGUCGCUCCCUUCAAAGGCAUCUGGUUUUACUUGGGAAGCUAAUACUUAAUUCUAAUGAUACUGCCAUCUUUUGAAGUUAUUUUUGAAACUUCUUUCCUUAGAAAUACCAUCAAGGAAGGUAAUAAGGCAUAAGAAAAUCAGUUGUAUUAUUACCUAAUUAGUAUCACUUUCAACUUCUGAAAGUAUGUUCGUUUCUUGAUCUUCUUCCACCACCCUUGGUUCUGAGUAACAUUUGGCUAUUUCCAAAAAGCAAAAUCCCCUCCCUCUUAGAUAAAGAGUGGUUACUACUGGAGAUAGGAAAAAGCAUAAUCCACAGGAAACACCCAGAAAGGAUCUUAUAAUGGAAAGUGACAACAAUCAGUCUAAUUUCCUUACUAUUCUGAAUAAGGGAACUUUGGUGAUUGUUGCCUGUCUUUGGUAUGGUUUAGAAAACUGAAAGAUACAGGUUUUAAAAUACCUCUGGAAGAGGUUGUCACUUUGUCAGGUGUCAUUGGAUGCUUGACUUGGCUCUUCCUAGAUUAGAAUUAUAGAACCUGGAUUGCUAGAAUUGUAGAACCUGUAUAUAAUACUGUUUCCCUACUAUCCCGACAGAUAAUUGAUAAUUUUGAUUCAAACCGACGCAGCUUUCCCCAGGUCAGAAACAGUUCUGCCUUCAGCAGUGCUGUGGGAAGGAAGGGACUUUUUGGGUUGACCUCAGCCCAGAGGUAAUGGAGGGAUCUGGGCUCAGCUAAACAAAUGUACUCUAUAGAUAACUUGGACCAAAAUAAAGUAUCCCAUGAUAUUUGUCUAUAUUUUCAAGAAUCUUUAGCUUUCUCAAAUUAUCAUGAUCCUGUACCACUAACUCAGGGUUUAGGAAUAAAAAUGACAGACAACUACUCAAUUAAACAAAUUAGAGGCUGCCAUGUAGAAUAGAGCAAUGAUCACAGGGAUAUUUAAAAUGGAAUAUUUACUGAAACACUCCAGAUAUUACAAAGCUAUCUUUUAUUCCUCUCUAGAGACUAUAAUUUUACCAACAGAAAGUUAAGUCUUUUCCUUUUCCACACUAGUAAUGAAUGUUCCUGAAGUUGUAUGUGCUUGGGUUUUUUGAUUCAGAAUGAAUCCCAGAUGGCCUCCAUUUCAAAUAAUCUGUUGUACUAAGACACGAUGUUGUUUUUCCUGGGUUUCCUUUCACUAAGGUGAGGGAGAGAGGUUCCUUGGGUAAAUACUAGCCUAUGCAAAGUUACCAAAUGGUGAUAGUUGCUGGAAUGGAAGUCACUUUCUCGGUUCCCACUUUGAUGGAGUGUCCUGAAUUACUCUUUUCCUAUGAGUAUUCUACUCCACCCUUUGCAUACCCCCUGGUCAUGUAGAUGUAUAUUUGCCACAAGUCUUUAUCCUGUCCUCCCCAAGAAGAGAAAGCAAACAGAGGUACAUAAAGCUACUUUAGCAGUAAAAAUGUGAAGUUAAAAUAUUGCUAAUCAAGUAUUGUAUAAAAAAAAUGUAAACAAAUUUCUUAUGUAAACAUAUAAGGGAAUAAAGACUUUUAUCUGUUCAAAUGAGAGCAUGAUGUUCAGAGAUGUAAAAACUUAAAAUAGCUGUUUUCCUCCUCUGAGAACCCACUUUUGCAGAAAAGAUUUAAACACAUCAUUGAGUGAUGAUAAGUACUUGUGCACAAGGCAAGUGUGAAUGCUUGUGAUUGACAUGUUGAGGAUGUUUUAGUGAGUCAUGGCUUCCCUGGCUUCACCUCAUGGUCAGGGAGAAUAAAACCCCUGUAAGCCUGUACUUUAUAUGACCAGGCACAGGUUGGAAAACAGAGCACAGAUUUUCAGCCACACUCCUUUGAUUUAACCCUUUCUAUAUCUAAUAUUAAAUAUUCAAUGUAAUUAAACAUUUUAUGUAGGCAAGAGCAGUUUUAUGCCCAAGAAAUCUUUUCCAUUGAAUUGCUCUGUUGGCUUGAGAGGCACAGUAUUACUAGUCAGUGUUGGCUCCCAUCAAAUCCCUUACUCCCCAGUUGUGGUUUUUAAUGCAGCUAUACAACAUAUGGUGAAAACAAACCCUUAAUUUUAAAAAAGGUCAUGGAAAUUAGUAGUUUGAUACACAUCUCUUGAUUCCCUGAUUUGGUUCUAAGAGUGUGUAUUUCAGUUGGUACUACAUUUCUGAAGUUCUUGUGAAGGGGUAUUUUGCUUUCUAUUUGCUAACUAUAUGAGAAGGUUCCCCAGUACUCCAAAUCUUCAUUUUCAGUUUUUUAGCCGAAUUAUGUCUUUCAUACUUCCUAUAACUGUUAUUUCAAUUUAUAUAAUGGAGGAAAGUAAAAGUCUGGUUGUACAUGAUAUAUUGCACUAAGGAAUAUCUUGUCUGAAACUUAGUCUUGAGAUUUUGAUUUCUUAGGAUGCACUCUGAGGACCUUCACUAUGUCCAACAGAAAAAAUUUCUCAGGUAAAGCUAUGCCAAAUCAUUCAGCACUUUUGAUUGCUUUGGAAGUUAAUAGGGAGUUGGUGAGGAUAGUUGCCAAGUUAUCAAAUAUUUGGGACUCUUUUCCUACUCUCUGAAGCAAAUGAACUCUUAGUGAAUUCUAGAGAAUUUGGAACCUUAAGAUAAACUAAAAUGGAACUAUCCCUAAGUGGAAGUGUCAAACAAGUGUUCUUUACCCUAACCUGACACACUCUUGUACAUCAGAGCAAGAAAAAGAACUGUGUUUUGACUUCUUUAAUGUGCUAAACCAAAAUAAAGAGAGAUUUGACACAGUUUGAGGGAGUUAGAACAUAAUGUUCAAUGUUAGGUUUCAUAAUAAGGAAGACCCUUGGGCUGAUGGUGAAGCCAAGUCCGAGGUUUUAGCCACCCACCCCUAGGAAUGACUAGCUGGCAUUACUGAGCUCUGUGGUCACACGGCCUCUGCUAUGCAUGCCACUGGUUGCCAGAGGAACUGGGCUAAGGCACGAGGUUAAAUCAGUGUAAAUCCUUUAUUGCUAGUAGGCAGAUGGCUUCAAACACAGUAGCAGUAAAAAUGUAAAAUUUGAACAUUUUCCUGAUAGUACAAGGCUUUCUUCGCAUACAACCACCAUUCACUUUGAAAACACAUGCUUUCCCUGCGAGAACACACUCAUUCCAAAAAGGCCUCUAACUGCUGACAAGAUUUAAUGUCUAUCUUCUGUUACAGUUAUUUAGAAUCUUUCCUUCUCUUGACUGUUUUGUUUCUUGUGCUGCAAUCACCAAAAUUCCUUGAGGGAAUGUGGCUGUCUGUGCGUCCCCAUGCCCACCAGCAUUUCUUUGGUUUCCAUAAUACCAGGCUUGGAGAGUUGCAAAAGGUGGUGGUUCUCUGCCUUGCUUACACAGCACCCUUCUAAAAAGAAUAGGAAGGUUAAGAGACUUGGCCCUCUCAAGAGAAUCCUUUAAAUGUACUUUUCCAGUCCUGUAAAGCAGAUUCAUGCUGAAAGAGAGAGAUGAAAUAGGUCUGGCUUUGUUUUGAAGGACAGGAAACUAGUUUUCUUUCAGACUUGAUGCUAUAGUAUUUUGUGACUGUGUUUGGGAAUUUUAAAAAGUUGUUGGAAUUUUAGGCAUGAUUUUCUAAUUACUCACCAUGAAGGCCAUAGCCAAAGAAUAUGCUCUGAAUUGGCAGGGCUCCAGCUGACUUGACCAAGAGCCCACUUUUUAACAGGAAUUACUUAGGUUAGGCAUAAUCUUCCAUCCUAUCCAACCAUGGAUAUGGGCACCCCCUGCAUGGUACUUUACAAUUCUCAGUGUAAUCCAACACUGCAGGUAUCCCGUGUGCCCGGAUUCUAUAGGUAGCUGUUUUUUGGCAGUGUCUGCACACAAAUUAAUCUGACUGACUUAAGUUAAAUGUCCUGAAAGCACUAACUCCAGUCAAACUAGUGUUUCAUUUUCAUUGCUGAUUUGUAUGAUGCCAGAAUUAGUCAUUGGCUUGACUAAAUUUACUUUUUUUUUCCUAAGAGAUAUUUUGCUCUCCCCAGGAACCAGCUUAGUAACACCAACUUUUGGGGUAGUUUUGGAAGAUGAGAAAUUGUGCCUUAGUUUUGGUAACUGAAAACUUUGUCCAGCUGAUGCUAUGUUAGAAAGUGGUUCAAGGAAUUGGGGCCUUUCAUACCACUUGCUGGGCAAAUCUUACUUUGGAAAACCUCUUUGCCCCCUCUCAUUUGAAUUUCCUCCCAGAAAUCAUGAUCUGGGGAAUCACUGUGACAGAUUUAAUAUCAAUAUGCUUGCCUGUGAGUUUAGGAUUUUGUCUUUCUACAUUCUGUUGCAAGGGAGAAAGUAUUCUCUCUAUUUCCUAUCAGCCAACUAAUGCUUUCCUAUCACCGAUGUAGGUGCACAUAUUAAAGUUUUAAUGCAAGGAAAAAUUUACCUUCUUCAAAAUCAUAUUCUUCAAAUAUUAUUCAGAAAGCCCUUCAGAACCAGUUCAGAAUUUAAGACUAAUUUGGAAUUCACUCAACACAGUCAAACUGUUAGAAAGGGAAAUAAAGAUGGGAGAAAUACCCACCUUUUUUUGUUUCUGAAAACAAUACUUAAGGUCAGAACUGUUUAAAAAGAAGCACUGCUAAAAAGUUAUAGGAUUCAGAGAAACAAUUUUUUUUGUACAUACCUUCUAAAAUGUUCAGAUCUCUCUCUACGUCUCCCUACAAUGUAAUGUCUCUAAGUGACUGGUUUCCCAAUAAACUGAUUUUGAUGCUGC